AUGUAUCUCGAAGAAAAACUGCUCGAAGCAGUUCUCAAAGAACAAAGUGGCCGGCAGUGGUCAAAAACGCGCGAAACUAGAAAGCUGCAGCUGCCAGAGGUUUUUUUAAAGUUUGCUUUUAUACAAUAUUUGAGUUCAUGUUUGUCAGGAUGGAAUAUACAACGAAGACGAGGAACCAUUCCACCACAUAGGGUGUUCACUUUUACACCCGGAACACAUUGAACGACUACGUGAAUGCGGUUUUUUUUUUCUGAAAUUUGAUUGUAAAAAGCGAAAUAUAUGCAAGAUGUAGCACAUAACUGGAAUAAAUUUCUCUAGGUGUCAUCUACAGGGACCAUGUAUUUUCCGCCGAGGAAGAUGCCAUAAUCCUAUCAAACUGGAAACGGUCCUUUGCUCUGUAAUUCGAAAUUUAAAGCAAGUAAAUUCAGAUUUUCUGAUAGUUACGGUCUUGAUGUGCGAUGCGCUUUAGAAUUUAUAGGCUGGAGAGUUGGUAAAACGGUAAAUAUCUAGGGUUUUGCAUUUAAAAAUAGUCAGUGAGAUUGGUGGUAUGAAAAAAAGACCAUCGAAAAUUCGAACGGCGACUUCUACGAUUUUUUCAUAUCGCUAGGGAAAGUUCCGGAAAAUCUAUUCCAACUUUUUUUUUCUCCAUUAACUCUUCGUUUUGAAUCUCCCUAUACAAAUUAGGCAAGUUAUUCAUGAUUAAAACACAAAGAAAUAAGAGAAAAAAAUAUUAAUAGAUGUUUUAUAAACCGAAAAAAAUAUAAGCGAAAAAAGUCGGAAAGUUUCCUGGCAAUAUGAAAAAAUCAGAAAAGUCGCCGUUGUAGAAUUCGCUAGCUUUUUUUUUUCACACCACCCUGAGAUCAGAACAAAAGAGAACAAAAAAAUUGUUUCAACUUUUCAGAAAGAUUCCCUAUCUUCAAAAAGGCUAUUCUUCCAGGACACAACCCGAUUUUGGCCGAAAUUAUGUAAAAUAAACUGCAGAAGGCUGAAAAUAUUUUUCGGGUUUGUAGGUGCAGGAUUACUUGAAAGAUCGGCUCGUCAGAUUUACUACCGAAUGGGGCGAAUUGCAACCGUAGAAAAUUUGGAGAAAGUCGAUUGGAACGCCGAUAAAGAUAGUUUCGUUGAUUCUCUCAAGAGUCUCAUUCCCUACAAACGGUUUGCUACUUUCCACUCAGACAUGAAUAUAAUUUUCUCACAGAAAUGUUGCCUGGUCGAAAGAAGAAGUGACAAGGUUGAUGAAGCUUUUCAAAAAAUGUGAUAAAGACUUUCUUGAGCUGUCCAGGGUACCAAACUGCGCAUUUCCCGACUAAUUAUGCUGGAAUUCUAGAAAAUGAAACGCGACGUAACGGACUGCCGAAAUAAAGUGACCCAAAUACUGAGAGUAGAAGAAAGUCCGAAAAAGGAAUUCUUUCCUGUUUUUUGGGGUAUAAAAUAUCUUUUUUUUUCUUGUAAUAUUUUUUUCAGAUAUUGUAACGAACUCGGUAUCUCAUCUGUCUAAGGUUUUUUCAUUUAUAAAAGUGGUCGAGAAGGAAGAAAAUAUAGAAGCUGCGAAAAGUCGUAGGAAAAGAAGAAGGACACGAGCUUGAAGGAAUAACAAGCCUUAUUCCCUGGGAUGAAUGCGCCCGCUCAAUGGAAAAAGAUGUUCGUUUUUGCAAAAAAAUCUGGUGCUGAAACAUGAUUGAGUUUCUCGUUACUAUCAUUUUUCGUUCAGGACUGAACUUUUCGAGUCGUUAUGCUCAACUUUCGCCGAAUUUAACGCGACGAACGAUGUCAAAACGGCAUGGAAACUGACUUUAGCGCAGGUUUUUGACCGUUCUUUGUCAUUUUUUCGCUUUCGAAAAAGCAGAAAACCGAUAUGAACGUUAAGAACUUUCAGGUUGUGGUCAAGAAGUCGCCGCUGAAUUGGGUGCAGUAUGCUCGUUGUUUAUGGAUUUUCUACAUCUCUGCUCCGUCUGAAAACUUUUUGUUUGCAAAAUAUCGCUCUAAAAUGUUCAAAAACGACGAGCUAAUCGAUUUGUAAGCUCGUAUUUCUGAUUAACUCAACGAGCGAGCUUUUCAGAUUGAAAAGUCAAGGGAUCUUCGACUUUGACAAGCACAAAAGGGAAAGUGAGUGGGAGUACCUAUGUAAUAGGGUUUCGAAAUUGAUUUCCAAGUAAGAAGAAUUUUUCAAACUUUUAAUUUUUCCAUCAAUUUCAGAUUUUCAACGCAAAUCUUCGAUUUGAUGUGGUUUCCUCUGACACUUAUUGGUUUUUUUUUUUGUUGGAGAAUUUGAAAAAUCACUUGGUUUGCCUUCUCAGAUAAAUUGUUCAUUCUGAAUUUGGCCUGUCGACGACAGAUGAUUUCCCUAGGUUUUCCGGAUUACCUUCGAGAGCACUACGACCAGGUUCCUGUCGGUUCUCCGUAUAUAGAUGGUUUUGAAAAUUAGCCAAAAUUAUAAAGGUAUUUAAUAAAUCACAGACUUGAUUGAAGACGAAAAGGCAUAUAAAAAAAGAAACAGGAAGCAACGACGAUUUGAACGAAAUUCACUGUAUAUUUCAUGGAUAGAAGAGGUUUUUCAAAAUGAAAAUUUUCUUUCAUCAUUUUUUUCUGUAGACAAGAGAGUCGAAAAAACACAUCAACUGCAAGGGCAAGCCUUUCAUGUCGAAAACCUUGGUCAUCGAAUCCACGGUGAUCUACAUGCUCGACCUUUGCGAUGACUGGGUGCCCCCAACGGCUUUCAAGGAAUUCGUAAGAAGUCUAAUAGGAAAAGUUUGUGAUCAUCUACCUCCAGGUUGAAAGCGACGUCUUGUUGCCUCUGUUCACCUCCGAUGUCAACAACGACGAGUUGCGUACGGAUCAACUGAAGGAACUUGAAGCUAGUUGGGCUGAAGAAGAUUGA